AUGCAAAGUGGUAAGAAAGACAACCAAGCCACUGCUGGAAAUCGCACAGUAAUUCGCAGUCUUCCAUACCCAGCAGAAGGUGUAGAAGUAGUUUAUACAGCUGACUCGGUUGAGGCUGAUGCCUGGUUGAGGAACAAUGUAGUUGACUGUGAUGUUUCGGCAGUUGGUUUUGAUAUUGAGUGGAAGCCACAGUUUAUAAGUAAGAAGAAGGGAGGAAAGGAGAACAAGACUGCUGUUCUUCAGCUGGCUGUGGAAAAGUCCUGCCUGGUGUUACAUCUACACCAUAUGGAGACAAUGCCCAAUUAUCUGAAUUCUGUUUUGACUGACACAAAGGUUGUCAAAGUUGGAAGUGGCAUCUUGCAGGAUGUCACUAAAUUAAAGCGAGACACUAGAUUGAAAUGUGUAGGGUUUGAGGAUACGCAGACAUUGGCCAGGUCUGUGGGUGUCCCAAGAUCUAGCAAGUUUGGACUGAAGGCUCUUGCUGAUCGAUUCCUUGGAGUUCAACUUAGCAAGCCAAAGUCCGUCUCCAAGAGCAACUGGGAAAAAUUCCCAUUGAGGAUUCAACAGAUCCACUAUGCAGCUCUGGAUGCUUGGGUAGGGCUCAAAAUUUACCAGUGCAUGAAACGUAUGAAAGAUGCUGGCACUACUGUGGCUCCGAGCCACAGUGAUACCAGCAUCACUGUUCCACUUGAGGCAAUCCCUUGUCAUGUUUGUAACAAAAAGGUUAAAGACAAGGUUGCCCUCAAGCAACACAUGAAGAUAGUUCAUGCCAAUGGUGAGACUGCCCAAACCAACAAAGCUAUACCUGUUGGUAAAAUCCGUUGCCAUGUUUGUAACAAAAAGGUCAAAGACAACAAUGACCUUACCCAACACCUGAAUAUGGUUCAUGCUAAGUGCAAGUGCGGUAAGUUUUUUAUGGCCAAGAUCGAAAAAAGUCACCAAAGAACAUGCCCGGCACUCAAAGCAGACAAGAAGACGUGCCCAAAGGUCAGUUCAAGCACUUCAGUAGAGAAGGAAGUACCAACAUUACCCGUACAUGUUUGUCAAGGAUGUGGGAAAAAGUGCAAGACUACAGAAAAGCUUAUUGAACACAUCAGAGAAGUUCAACAUGUCUCCUGUCCAUUUUGUACCAAACUGCUUCCAAUUGUUUCAAGUUCUUCCCACAUUCAGAAAUGCAAAAAGUUUUUGGGUGGACUGUGGAAAGAACUUUCAACUGGUCAAGUUAGUUCUACAGCCAAUGGCUAAGUCAUCCGUGUGGUGAAGAAAGUGUGCACGUUUUGAAUGGUUCAAUUUGUAGUCAUUGAACCAGUAAAUGGUGCAAGAGGAAGAGACAAUUCAAACAUUUUCAGAUGACUUUGGUUUUUGUCCACUGAAUUGUUUCAUUCAUUUUUAUUUUUAUUUUUUUUACACAUGUCAACAACAAAGUAGUUGGCAUGAUCUUUGAAAUAGCACUCAGAUGCUCACCUAGCCUGCAUAGUGAGAUGGAUCAUAGUUUAUGAGUGUUUCUUUGUGGCAAAGCCAACAAAAGGCAAAGCUGCAAGGGAUUUUUGUACACGUCAAGGGUCACUGCAGAGGAAGAAUCCCCCAUCUCAUCUCCUGUAGUUUUCAAUUGCCACCCACAUGUGUCACCUUCUUAAAAACAACAAAAGAGUCUGUAAUGUAGAGAUCAUUUGAGUAUGGAACUACAAGAGUAAUAACAAUCCAUACAGUCUUUAAAAAAACAUUUUGGAAACCUUUUUAUCUUUGCCCACUCAGUCUAGAAAAUCUCAGUGGGAUUUUCCUUUUUUCUGAAUGAGAUGGAUAUUUUCCCCUUUGUAGUGGUUAAAGUACAACUCCUUAGGUUUAAGUGUAAUUGGUUUGUCAACCCUUACAAAAUUGUAAGAGGGGACAACUGUAUGUAGGGUCAUUCUCAAAUUCUCUCUGUUAAAGGUCUACUAUCAUAGUUGUGCAUGGUCUGAUUCCUUAAGGGACCAGUGUAAGAUUCUACAUAAUUACCUACUCACCCCUCCCCUAACCCAGCAAUAAAACUAAUUUUGUACUUAGGGCAAAAUGUUGGGUUAGCGGAGGAUCCCGAAAACUUACAAUAAUCCAGCCAAAGUCCUGUUCUAACCAUUUUACUGCAUGGAGUUGUUUCUAGCCUGAGUAUCAGUCCCUUUUCAUUUCUCUCUGUUAUCCGUCUAUGCCAUGACACCCUCUGAGAUCUCCAUUAUUCUUCAUAUGAUACGAAAGCCAAAUUCAAUAAUUGUUUUAUUAUUCAUUCAAAAUGAUUCCUAGUUUAAAAACUUUAAACUUAGCUAAAACAUGCUUACCUCCAUCGAUAUUAAGUUCAUCUUCAAUAGUGCACGUUUAGGGUUGUUCAGCUCCACAAAUAUUCUCCAAAUAGCAGAUGUCGCCCUUCGAAUUGUCUUCUUGCUGUUCUUGCCAUGUUUUUAGCUAUUAUUUACCUCGUCUCCAGGUCUUCUCUGUUAACGGUGCAUUAACCUGCAAGAAAGCUACACUUUUGACGUCAUCGGUUCAUUAAACACAAAAUUCUUCCAAAUUUGGUCAUCAUAGCCAAUCAGAAUCAGGGAAAUACUUUGAAUGAAUAAUAAUAUGAUUUAAAGGGUCAAAAGGCCAAGUAGUCUCCCUUAGGCAACUUUGUGUCAUUUAAAGUACUUAUUAAUUGGAACAGUGUGAGAUUCUGGGAAACGUCUUACCAACCCCUCCCCUAACAAAGUCCUAUUAUGGCUUUUGCCCUGACCCAACAUGUUGCCCUAAGUGAGAAGUUGGUAUUAACAUUAAGGGGAGGGGCUGGUUGUGCAUUAAAACUAAGAUUUCUUGGCCUUAUUGGCUGAAGACAUUAACUGAGGGUAAUAAUAUAAGUGGUAAAAAUACCCUGGUUGUGCAAGAUAAUCUGAGCCCUCUGAGCAAGUUAUUCAAAACAACAGAAUAGGCUUAGAUUGUUCACAGUCCUCUACUUUUUUUAGUAAGAUCACCAGGAUCAAGCAGUUGCCAGUACAGGCGGCAAUCUUGGUUUCUUAUUUACCGAAGGGGCGUCCCCCCCUAAGUGAUUUGACACUCGUUGCAUUCAAGAUGGCCGCCCGUAACGUGAAGCGCUCGACCUAAAAGUAGGGGACUUUGAACAGUCUAGAAUAGGCUGCAGUUCCGUGGCAACGUGUAUUAAUCAGUUAUAGAUUUAAGGCUUGUUUAGUCUUCAAACGGUCAAUUUAUUUGCAACAUAGAUGAAGAAUUAUCAAUGAGAAUGGUUAACAGGUUUUUACUUACGCGUUUGUGUAAAAUAAAUUUUGAGUGAUUGUUGUUGCUUAAAGUGGAGAGACGUUUGUAUCUUCUUCAAGUGAUACAAGAGGCUUGGUGUCUUAGAUUUACCCUGAACUGGGUACAGAAGUUCAAGGAAAUUUUUUGUGGAGAAUGGCGAUAAUAGCAGUUCCGAGCCUCUUUAUAGCUCACUUUCCCUUAGAUUUCGAAUUUCUGGGAGGGAGAGUGCCCCAAGAUACCCCGAAAGGUUCCACAUCUGGUGCUCGCUAUUAAGUCCCCUCCCGCUACCCCCCACACCCCAACACCGCCAUCCCUGUGGGCUCCUGUCAACUAGGAACAAAAAACUGUUCUCACUGCGCAUGGCCAAAGUGCAUCAAGAAGUAACGUCAUAUGUACUUAUUGACUGCAUGGGCGGGCCGGACGGGAAAAUAUUUGGCUCGAGGUCAGGACGACACCAGAUGUGCGUCCUGACUGGGACUUUCCGGUCCGGCCCUACCUACAAUCGCUGACACUCAACUUGGGUCACAUUGCUCUGAUACCUGUCUUUAUCUCUUCCAAUGUUGUUUUGAAAUGGUUUUUUGGUGGAGUUGUCCAAGUUCGAGGCCAACAUUGGGAGGAAAAGGAAAAAGAGGUCGAGCACAACAUGUCAACGUUAUUCCUUCAAUUGAUCCAAGUUCUAAUGUCACGGAUUGUAGCUCAGUCAAUAAGCAUUUUAUCAUAUGACAGUUGUGUUUUUGAAUUUUCUUUGACGGAGCGAAAACUCAUUCAUGGCAGCAUUUGCCUCGUUUCGCACGCGCUUUUCUUAGAAGGGCCGUACGCGUUUUUUCGGCCCUAUCACCUGACGCUUACCGCCCUCAUACGGAACUUUUUUCACAGGGUUUUUCAACGAAAUUGCGCGCGGGAACGUGUCAUAUGAUAAGUAAUGGUAACAGGACUGAGUGGAGUCCAAUUCGGUCUGUAAUCAUACGAGUGAUUAACAAAAUUGGACGGCCGCGUAGCGGGAGUCCGAUUUGUUUAAUCACGAGUAUGAUUACAGACCGAAUUGGACGACACGAAGUUCUGUUACCAAUUAAUCAUAACUUUAACAAAAUUUGUGACAUAUGAGGCUCCUUUUUCAAUCAAAACACAAGAAAUUCCGCGAUUUUUUUUGCUAGCAGUGACAAAAGAAAAGCCAUUUAAGCGCCCGCGUGAUGGCGCGUACUGUCCACUUACAUAGGCAUGACGUGUUCUGUCCUAUUUAACUGUCCUAUUAAGGCUGAAAUCAGGGCAGUUGAUAGCCAAUCAGAUUUAAGAAUUUUGUUAUAGUUAUGAUUAGUAAUUACAUAUCUUAUCAUUUUAGCCUGCGUUACACCAACGAGAUUUAACCUUAAAAUAUUUCCUUGGGUUAAAUUACGUCUGCGUCGCAGGGUUAGUUUGAUGUCUACCCCAAAUCACGAGAUAUUUCAGGAGAUAUUUCAGCAAUAACGGCAAAAUCAAAAUCAUGCUUGGAAAGUUUUUGGCAACGAGCCUUUUUCUUUUAUUUUUCUGUCCUAUGUUGGUACUUUAUAUUUAUUUCUGGCAAUACUCAUUUGAUUAUUCAACUCCAAAAGUGAUAAUAUCGUCGUGCGUUCCGUAUUAUGAGUAUAAAUUGAACCAGACUGAGCUAGGACCCUCUCUGGAGUCCUUUAUUCAAGCAUCAAUUACCGACGAUGGCAGAGAGCUUCGUUUUCCCGGACUGGCAGUAACUUCGACACUCAAAGAUGCGUGUCAAGCCCUCAUUGAUGUGAGCAAAGCGAAAAUACCAGCAAACAAGAUCGCUCUCGUCAUCCUUCUACAUGAAGAUGAAACUGCUUGUCCCAUGCAAGACUUGGCGCUAGAAGCUCAGAGGGCAGGGUAUUCAGUUUUAAUAUAUUUCGCAAACUUUGUCAAAAUCAGUACAACCCCAACAGAAGUGCCAAGUAAAGAGACUUUACUGAUCCCGGUUUUGAAAGGUUCAUUUUCUCAAGCUUUCAAAAACGGCGAUAUUUCUGGGUGCACUGGUAGAACCGUGGAAAUCAGCGUACAAGUUCAUAGACAGCGUUCAAAAGAACUUGACGCAAUGAAAUCUUACUUUGAAAAAAUUUACUACUGGUUUCUUGUGGGGCCAAUCAUCACACUCGAGUGGAUGAGACGGACAAAGAAAUUCUGUUGGUAUUCCGGACGACAUGAAAGAAGUGAAAAUCCAUUAGAGCCGGAAGCGGAAAACCAAGUCGAGCCUGAUGCUGAAAGAGAAAUUCGAACAAUGGAGGAAGGCGAGCACAGAACUGGGGAGUCGGUACAGUUAUUAGCAUGCCGAGAAAGACCUGCUGAAGAACACCCCCUACGCAGUGCCAUAAGUUAUGACUCUCGUGAUAACAGAUGUCGUCCUCAAGGAAGUGGUUCUGUCAAAGAACACCACAGUGUUUGUUACAAAGCAGCGAUAGGCUUUGGUUAUCUGAUUCUUGUUUUAGCAGCUCACCCGGUAGGUUUGUAUUGUGGAGGACUAUCGUUUUUUAGAUUUGAUGAUGCAGCCGAUUUUUACCUUCCUUUUUGGUGGUCACCUUUUCAGAUAUUUUGCUUUUUCUUGUACAGUCACCUUGCCUGUAGAAAUAAACGGAGAUGGACAUGGACUAUUUCCACAACAUUUUCAAAAUUAAUCCGAAAUGACUGGUUCGCGUCGAACAUUUAUUUGCUAGUGUUGGGUGUUGUGGAGCCAUUUUGCUCAUUAUCAGGUUCGGUGGGUAUGACAUAUCUCCUCUUUCCCCUUGCACUUUACAAUUCCGUAAACACACUAUGCAAUUUUCUUUUUUUAAUCAUUUUAAACAAGCACAAAGUCGUCACGCGCUACGUUUUCUACAUCAGUGUUUGUAUGAUUUGCGCUUACAUCGAGAGCGAUGUUGUUGCUUUGUUUUAUUUUACACUCAAUUCUCAAGGAUCCUUACAAAACGUCAAACUCACAGCUAUCCGAACAGCGGCAAUUACUCUCACAUUGCUUGUAAGUUUUAGGACCUCUAUGCACAUCAUUCGGAAACUCAUCAAUCCCAGCGAAUCACUGUUUGAGGGACUUUCAGAGCAGUGAGUGUUACAGUGACACCGAAACCCUCGGAAGAAUCAGAAAGUUUUCAAUUUUUUUCCCCAGCUGAUCGUUUAUUGAUACUAUCAAGUGAUUGGUUCUAUCUUGUUUUAUAACAUUUAGAUAUUCUCUAAAGUCCCGGGAGAUCUUAGCAAGCUUUACUUAGCUUUUUCAAAAAGAUCCUAUUAAUUUUGUGAAUCAUCCUACAGUUCUAAUAAUUAAAAGAAUAGUCAUUAAAAUAACAUUAAAAUAGCGGUUGAAAUAGCGGUUUUGCUCAGUGAAGAGAUUUCAUUUUUACCGUGGAGUAUAUGUAUACCUUAGCAUAAUCGUUUACACCGUCUAUGACCAAAAUUUCGAUAAACACAAUUAUUAAAUAGUUUCUCGUGUCUACUAAUGCAAAGCAUUCUUGUAAAAAAUUGAUAUUCAACGUACUAUGUACUGAUCUUUCUUAAUUGGAAGGGCCCAAAAGUUUCGAAGGUGCUUAUAAAUAUGAAUUAAAAUGUACACUUAGGCAAAUGUAUGAAUCCUUUUAUUCGUUUACUCCUAAUGUAUCAUUUAAGUUCGCAUGUUUCUAUAUUGAGAAUCUGAUUAUGCUAGUGUACUCGAAGUGAAUAUUAAAGAAUUUUGACUAACAGUACUACUUUAAUUUGGUCCUGUUUCUGUUAUACCUGGAAAAGUGGAACUCAGAUUUGUUGUAUUUCUCGUUUUUGUCUUUGACUCCUUCACCCCUAGUCCAUGCGCGAGAUUGUCUCCCCAAAUCUGUGGCCGACAAAAUUCUGUGCUGCCAUCCAAAAAACCCUCUUUGACAGAACUCGGGGGCGGAUCCAGGGGGGUGGAUUAGGUGGCUAGCCAACCCCCUUUAGGACAGCCCACCCCAAAAAAGUAAUACGCGGAAAAACAAACGGAUAUACGUGGGUCCUCAUGUGGUUUUCACAUGACGUCACUAAAAUUCAAACUAAAAAACUAUCGAUCCUACCGAGGUUUUACUUUCACGACGUAUUAGAGCAGCUGAAAACUAAUUUUCAUACAAAUUUUCGCUUCAAAAGGGUUCUUGGUUUUGUGAUAGAGUACGCUUGAAUUUCUGAGCUUUUGCGUGACGCGGCAUUUACAUGACGGCCAAGAGAGCUGUCAUGUAGGUUAAAAAAAUGACUUAUUUCAGUAAAUUUUGCUAUCUAAACAGUUCACGUAUUAGAAAAAGUAUUACUUUAAUGUUUAUGAGUUUCUCGAAGAAUAAAUUCACGCUUUUGUUGCAACACUCGGUAACAGAUGUUUCUGUUGGUUUCCGUCCGCCAUGUUGGAACUUAUCCAGGUGAGCACCAGCAUGGCGUCUCCAAACAAAUCUCUUUAAGUUUGGGCAAAACAUUUCUUCGGAUAUCUCGCAUACGAAAUAUUCCUCUGACCUGAAUCGUGGCGAGGGUCUUUGUAUAUGUACCUCCUUUUAUUUCCCAGAUUCUGGACUUUAUCUAUUGAACGGUCUUGAUUUUUAUUUUGAUCUAUUUUGAAUGGCGUGAUACCUGCAAUCGCCAUUCAUGUAGCCUGUUCCAGGCUCCGAGAUAAUGAAAAGUUGUUCAGUGAAAAGAAAUGCGAAAAACGCGCGGGGGCUGGGGAGAGACAGGGCGUUAUGUUUCCGAGAAUCUAAGGGCAAAAAAUAAUCAUUGAUUGAAUUACUUAAAUCACACAUGUGCCGGAAGCGGCCUAUCAUGUGAUUCUAAGAUCAUUUUCUAUAUUACAAAUCACGAGUUUCAAGAGCGUGACAUCUGUCCCACAGUCCUAUAUCUUAUGUCGAUUGAUUAAAUUACUUAAAUCGCACAUGUGCCGGAAGCGGCCUAUCAUGUGAUUCUUAGAUCAUUUUCUAUAACAAACAAAUCACGAGUUUCAAAGCGUGAUAGACUACGAGUGGUCCCCAUUUUUCCUCAGGGAUAAUAGAGCGAGCGAAACGCGAGCGCGCGUGAAAAUCACCCACGCGAGAAAAGGCGAUUCUCUCUCCCCGCCGCGUGUCGGCUUUUCUCGCGUGGGGUUAUUUUUACGCCCGCUCGCGUUUCGCUCACUCUACUAUCCCUGAGGAAAAAUGGGGGACUACUCGUAGUCUAGGACCGUGACAUCUGUCCCACAGUCCUAUAUCUUAUGUCGAGUGUUUCUCCAGCGGCUGCGUUGGUGUUUGAGAGCGUUUUAAAAGAGAAGAGCUAGCAUAAAUCUGGUGACUGUUGUUUGCAUGUGCUUGCGCGACCAGUUUAUUUACAUGCUGUGACCUGUAAAACAUUGGCACCGAAGCAAGUUGAGGGUUUUGUGUAGAGCCCAGCCGGGAAACCAAGCCUGCAUAACGGGCGCCUUGCCAAGUUAGGCGAACGCAGUAUUUUGCGCGAAGCGAGAGACGAGCUGUGGAGCCAGAUGCUAUUUGACUUUUAAUGUACCUAAAUUAGUACUACUCUGAACAUUUCGCGAAAAAUUUUCAAGUGAAAAUACACAUCGAUAUCGGCCCGGAAAACGGCUGUAAGAUUUGAUAUUACAGUAAGUGAUCAUGAGUCAUGUGAUUACAUGAAUUCAUACGAUCGUUCAUUUUUUUUAUUUUUUUUGCGGAUUUUUGUUCGGAUUUAAAGGCCGAGAGGGCGAAUGCCUGAGGACCGUUCAUUAUUCUUAUCGUGGUUGGUUGGGAGCAGCCCCACCCCAGUGGGAGUAAUGUUGAAAUUGUCCCUGUAUUUUAAAUAAUUUGCAUGGUGAAACUUCCUUUUCCCUUUUUUCAUCUGAACAACAAAUUUCUCAGUUCAUUUCGUAUACAGCUCUCUGGCUUGGUUUUCGCUAGUUUGCUGUCCUUGAUGAAAGAUAAUGUUGUUGAUGAACACAUAAAACGAUAUCAUGAAAGAUUUUUUGAUAUUGACAUUAUUAUUGACACUCUUCGUGGCGGAUCUUUUCUUCCUUGUGUCUUACCUGGGGUCAUUUGUAUAAAGGAGGCUUGGAUUAUAGACGAAUGAAAACAAAGUGAUUGACCAGGCUUAGCGUUUACGUCGAACGUAAAAAUGUAUGCAAGUGGUCCCUGGCUUAUUUACAUGUGGGAAAGUUGCUUUUAGCUUUUUUUUUUACCCAAUUUGUUUCUAACAUUGUCGAGUCAGUAUUGUUUUACUCUGGGAUGGUAACGAGAGAAGUUGUAAGUGAAAAGCGGGAUUUUCAAGAUGGCGCAACCGGAAGAAACUCGAUAGCAUUUCGUACCGUUUUGUGCAUAUGACAUAAAAAGGCCUGAAAAGGAGGGGGAAUUAAAGGGUUUACACUAUUCCCGCCGGUCCCACCCUGUUCAAGACCCGUCCUUGGGGAAAGGAAAAGAAAUUCCAAUAUCUUUUUUCAUUAUUCAGUCUCCAGAAAUGUUCUAUUUCCGGUUAAUUUUAUAAAGUGACUUAAUAAUUAUGUCAUUAUAAUAGAAAAAUCGUGUUUUGGCGAGCUCUCACUAGUGCCCACUCGUGCUCACUCGUGUGUACUUUUAGAUACAAUCGAGUCCAACAUUUUCACGAGCAAACUGCGUUCGUGACAGUUAUUUUUAAAACCCUUAGGGUUGAUUAGAUUAACGCGUACUAUCUUAUACACGAGCAAGGCGCGAAAGCAGCAAAUUCCAAAGCUCUCUCCCGUGCAAACUGCGUGACAAUACAGCUCACAGAAAGGGCCUGAUCUAGCGAAAGCAGCAAAUUCCAAAGCUCCCUCCCGUGCAAACUGCGUGACAAUACAGCUCACAGAAAGGGCCUGAUCUAAUGAGUCGGGCUGGUUUGUCAGGCUGGCUAGCUCUGCCGAGGUGACUUUAACAUCGAUAUUUCAUGAAAAGGGCCAGCCUGGAGCCACCAUUUUUAUUAUAUAGAGAUUGGAUGCAAUGCGCAUGAGCACUCCCACAACUACCUCACUGCAACACCUAAAAUCACUUUUACCUUUUACUUUUUUGUUACUUCUCAUUAAAUUCUACGAGAAACCAGUUUCACUGAUUAACAAACUACAGCCAUUAACUUACCAAUCCAAGUCCCAUACAACUCCUCGCCUUCCACGUUUGUCUUCUGGAGGACUAUCCUUUUUUAGAUUUGAUGCCUUUGGAGGCAACAUUUACCUUUCUUCGACUUCUUCCAUUUUCGCCUGGCCCAACUUUUUAACUUACAUAGAAGCUCCUGUGUGGUGGUCACCUUUUCAGAUAUUUUGCUUUUUCAUGUACAGUCACCUUGCCUGUGGAAAUCAACGGAGAGGGACAUGGACUAUUCCCACAAAUUUUUCAAAAUUAAUCCGAAAUGACUGGUUCGCGUCGGACAUUUAUUUGCUAGUGUUGGGUGUUGUGGAGCCAUUUUGCUCAUCAUCAGGUUCGGUGGGUAUGAGAUAUUUCCUCGUUCCCUUUGCACUUUGCAAUUCCGUAAAUACAGUAUGUAAUUUUCUUUUUUUAAUCAUUCUAAACAUAGUUAAUUGAGUGGAAUGGUUAUGAAACCCGUCAGACUCCUUUGUUAUAUGUUUUUGGGGACCUGAAAGUGCACAACGUUCAAAAGAAUUCCUAUCAUUUUCAUUGUAUUGACCAAUAAAAACGUUGCAUUAAUUUAUUCCGUAACAAUUUGCCAACAGAAAACAGAGGAUUGUGCACUUUCAGGGUGCUUCUAACAUAAACUGCGGCACUGUUGUUUUUAUCAUUGAUGUUUGCCGCUUUUCAUAACCAGUCUCCUCUAAUAACUAUGUUCUAAACAAGCACAAAGUCGUCACGCGCUACGUUUUCUACAUCAGUGUGUGUACAUUGAUUUGCGCUUACAUCGAGAGCGAUGUUGUUGCGUUGUUUUAUUUUGCACUCAAUUUUGAAGGAUCCUUACAAAACGUCAAACUCACAGCCAUCCGAACAGCGGCAAUUACUCUCACAUUGAUCGUAAGUUUUAGGACCUCUAUGCACAUAAUUCGGAAACUCAUCAAUCCCAGCGAAUCACUGUUUGAGGGACUUUCAGAGCAGUGAGUGUUACAGUGACAACGUAACCGUCGGAAGAAUCAGAAGUUUUCAUUUUACUUUUUCCGCAGCUGAUUGAUUAUUGGUGACUAUCAAGUGAUUUGUUUUUGGGUUUUUGCUCUGGGGCUGUGCUUUGCGUAAGUUUCACGUGACAGAUGGUCAAGACACGCGUGAUCAGAUUACGAGCACGAGACUAUAAAGGGGACAGAGAGGGCAUCCCCCAUAUACACCCUAUUCCAUAGGUAAUUCGUCUCGAGUUAUUUUUAACACCACAGAUCUCAAGGGGGAUUAGACAACAGCCAAUCACAUAGCGCGAAUGUGUUCCGCGUGGAUGACCCACGCUGAGAGCCACGCGUCCUUCACGAAAUGACGCAGAACAAAAUGGGGGAAGACGCGGAGAGCGAUUUUGCUAUUCCUUUUGUCGACGAAAACGACUACAGCGAGAUUUCUGCGAAAGCUGUGUCAGCGAAACCGAAAUUAAAAAAGAAUCGCCCUUCCUCUCUUGUAUAGAGCUAACAGUAGAGCAGGGAAAUCCUUAACACACUGAAUAUUCUCUCAGGAUCAUUUAUAAUUUACAGUUUGAAGAGAGCAAUUUCUGGUUUGAUGUUUAUUUUUUUCAGUCUUUAUAGCGAUUAUUCCUACCCACUUACUUUGUCAAUUGUAGGCGAACCCUCCUAAAGCUGAAUUUCAAGGGACCAUAUUCAAGCUCAGAAAGAGAAAUAAAAUUUCGUCGUUGCUUAUUUACGUCCUCCAUAAAACGCGAAAUUAGGCAUUUUCACGUCGUAGUCGUGCAAAAACGGGAAAGAAAUGAACAAAAAAGUGUGUUGCACGUGCGAAGUUGUUGUUUUGCUAAUUAAACCUAUUGUUUUUUUGACGUUCUAGUUGUCGUCCGCGUCGUUGGAUCUUAAACUCCCUAAAUUGUACAAACGACCGGUUUCAAUAGACCGGCGAAAUUUCUCAUUUUAUUAAAGCACUGAGGUUACGACAACUUCGAGUUAAACUGAUUUCACGGGUUGUCAAAGAGUCCAGCGAUUCCUUUUUCCCAGGUGAGUGCCGACUCAUUUCGCUUCAAUAUUCAGGAAUGCUGUCGAUCGUUUUAUGCUUUCAUUGCCUCUCGCCCGACAUGUUUUGCCAGCGUUUGGUCAUGCGAAACCUCCACGAAACAUCCACGCCUCGCGCGAGGUAACUUUAUCCCGAUUCUAAAAAUAAAUCGAGACGAAUUACCUAUGGAAUAGGGUGUAUAUGGGGGAUGCCCUCUCUGUCCCCUUUAUAGUCUAAACGCGCGUGAUUAACUUGCCUACUGUGCAUUCCAUUCAUUCUUAGUGGAAGUCCAAACGAAUGCUGGCUGAUGCUGUUAACUGAUGCUGUUACUGAUGCUGGCUACAUACAUGCGACGCAUGCGUAAUAGUCACCUAGAGAUUCCGAAUGAGGGGUCCCCUUAUCGCCCGCAAUAACAUUACAACAUCACUGUAAAUUACAAUCAUGAUGGUUGAAAUAGCGGUUUUACUAGAGGAUUGGUUUACUGGGGAGCAUGUAUACCUUAGCAUAAUACCGCCGUCUCUGACCAGAAACUUUCGAUAAACAUAAUUAUCAAAUCGUUUCUGGUGUCUACUAAUGCAAAGCAUUCUUAAAAAAACAAUUUCUAUUCAACGUAUCUGAUAGCACUAUGUAUCUUUCUAAAUUGGAAAGAACCGAACUUUUUGAAAGUGGUUUAAAAUAUGUAUUAAAAUGUACACUUUAAGCAAAUGUAUGAACCAUUUUAUUCGUUUUCUCCUAAUGUAUCAUUUAAGUUCGCAUGUUCAUAUACAGCUAUGUCGAGAAAGGUUGUCGGAAAAAGUGCACGCGACAAUCCCGUAAGCUAUUGUGGGUGGUUUUUAGUUCACUGUUCUUCAAAGAAAUUUGAAAGAAUGGCACGAAAGGCCAUGGACUUAUUUUUGUGAGUGCUAAAGGAAAGCAACAAAAGUAGGUUCGAUGGCUACAGUGUCAGGAACAUUGUAUUGAUCAUAUCCCAUGUUACGUUUCGGGAUUGUCGCGGGCACAUUUUUUCCGACAACCUUUCUUGAAAUAACUGUAUUGAGAAUCCGAUUAUGCUAGUGUACUCGAAGUGGCGAUUAAAGAGUUUUGACUUUAAUACAAUACUAUUUUGGUGCUGUUUCUCUAGCUAGAAAUAUAGAACUCAGAUUUUUUGUGAUUACUCUUUUUGUUCUUUGACUCCCUCAGUCCUCAGUAGUUCAUGCGUGAGAUUAUGUGUCCCCAAAUCUGUGGCCGACAAAAUUCUGCGUUGUCAUCCAAAAAAACCUCUUUAUUUGACAGAAUUGUUACAGACUACCUUAUUCUAGGAAAUGAACAAUCCACAUUAACAACGCGAAAAAAAAUUACUUUAGACUAAAUUAGACUAAAUCAACGCGAAUUUGUCAAAAGUUAGGUUUACAUGCAUGAAAUUAACACGCAUUUUUCGAUGAGCAUGUUACUUUAUUCAACCCAAAUUUGCUAACCAAACAAAAUCUCAACAUACUUAUAUCUCAAGGAGAAAAAGAAUCUUUUACAGUCAUUGUUAGUUAUGUUAAUGUUCAGGUUAUUGCUUUGUAAAUGGAUCUAGCGAGGAAACAUUCCCUUCGAUUCUGGCAUACGCUCUUCUCACUUAUGGUAAUAUAUCCGUCUAACCUCGUUUACGGGUAAAAAUUCUUUUGAAAUUCAAAUACGAAAACGUCGUCUGAUUAGCAUUUCAAAGGACGCUUUACUCCAAAACGAGGUCAGACGGGCAUAUUACCAUACGUGAGAAGAGCGUAUGCUCGAUUUUAAAAGAAGAAGUCCUGUCAGAUAGUGAACCUGUGGAGUCAAUGGGGGAGUCAUUAACUAAUGAGGUUUUGCUCUGAAACAAAGGUGCUAUUAAAAUAACAAUGUUGUAAAAUAGUGUGCAUUGAAUUUACAUCGACGUUAAUUAAGAUACAUUAAAUUAACGCGAAGUUUUUAACAUCCCUUUAAUAAAGUGCAUUGUUAAUUUUCUAGAAUAAGUUAUUUAUUUCUUAGGAUUAGCGUAGGUACAAUAUAUGUCCCCAUACAUCAGGUACCUACCCUUGGGCCACGUUUAUACCAGCCGCUGUUCGGGAAAUGAGCCCACCGACACGAGGGUUCACGUGACCAACAACAUCAGUCCUCACCGGUCCCGACAAUCAUCGUAAAAUCUUCUCAGGGGCACCCAACGUCAAUUUUUGGAAAAUAUUUGUACUGAAGACGAUUUGAGAUCUAGAAUUUUCGGAACAUUUGUUGUAAAAUUUCUUGCUUGCCUGCCUCUCCAAAGAUUUUCGAACAUCUAAAAAAUAGUAUAGCUGCCCAUUUUUCACGGAUUUUUAGCCUAAAAAGGUCACCUAGAAUUUUCGGGAGCCUUUUUCUGCCUGAAAUUUUCGAAAAGGUAAGUUUUGAUCCCUAUAAUUUUCAAAUCACUAGACUUUCAGCCAGGAAAUCCGAACAGAUGAAAAAUUUUUAGGGGAUAAAAAUAUGCCUAUAUCUACCGUUUAGAUACUAAAAUACGAUCAACAAUGCUAUGUUUGAAUGGUUUGGAACUAUAUUCUCGUUGGGUGCCCCUGAUCUACUCACCUCAGUCAUUUAUUUAUACCCUGACUAUUGAGAUCCGUUCUUAAAAUAUCUGGUAAGGAAAAAACCGCGUCCGGGCAUUACAAAAGCAGAUCAAGGAUAAUUUAGUAAAGAUAUUUUGACAGAUAAGGUAUAUAAUCUUUUAGGAGGUAAGGGACGUCAAGGGAAGUUUACUUGUAUGGACUGUAUAGUUCUUUUCUUAAUUACUUUCUUUGAUUCUAAGAAACAAAAUUUUAGGUGAAUAAUAGGGGGAUUGGUUACUGAUUGAAAGGUUGUUCUUCUUUCAAUUCUCUUUUUGCCGCAGAAAAUAUUCCCACAGAAAGGACAAAUAAAACUCGCUUUUAGGUCGUGUAGAUAACAGGUUUGUUCGUGUAUUGUAAUUGAAAUCGCGAGCCGGAAUGGAAAGUGGAGUGUCUUUAUUGGAAAGUAAAAUUUGUUAACUUGCCACCUUUUUAUAUUUUUUCUCCGAUGUCAUUCCUUUUCCAGACCAUUGGAAUUCGAGAAAAGUAAACUUUAAUCAGAUUAGAGAAAAGUAAGUGCAAGGCUGGACUGCGAGCAGUCUCUUAGUUUUCUUUUCCGUCACGGUAAAAUGCAAUAACGCGAGGAGCGAGCGCGAAGCCGCGAGGAACGAGGCGUUCUUCUUCUUGUUGUUGUUGUUGUUGUUGUUGUUGUUGUUGUUGUUAUUAUUAUUAUUAUUAUUAUUAUUAUUAUUAUUAUCUCUUUUAUCACAGUCUUUGCUGGUGUUCUUUUCGUGCAUUAGCCGGGCGCAAACCAUGCACCUAGAGCGUCAGUCAUUCAAGUCAAUCAUUCUGUUCAUACGCUGAGCACCUUUCUGAGGAUUCGUGCAGAUCCCAGCAUGCAGAUCUUUUGAAUCUCUGUCAUAGUAGCUCUCUCUGAUACUUUCUUGAUGUUUUCUACCAUACCCUUCUUCACUGUACCAAGAGCACCAACAACCACAGGGAUCACUACGGUUUUCAUAUGCCACAUUCUCUGUAUUUCUAGUUCUAGGUCUUUGUACUCGCUUUUUUUUUCAGUUUCCUUCAGUGCGAUGUUUUUAUCUGAUGGAACAGUCAUAUCAAUAAGUUUGCAGGUGGAAUUCACUGAAUCUUUAACGAUGAUUUCUGGUCUGUUCGCUUUUAUAGUUCUAUCAGUAUUGACUGGCAUGUCCCACAUGAUGGUGAUGUUGUUAUCUUUAUUAUGCAUCACGGUCUCUGACUCGUGUUCGUACCAUUAUUACUUAUAUUAUAUUAUUAUUAUCAUGUAAAAGUUAGCACAGGGAUUUUCCCUGGGGAGAAAUAUCCAGUCAAGUCUCAUCCCGAGACCUCAGACUUCCAGCACCUUUCUGAGGAUAUGUGCCGAUCCGAGGAGUGCCGACUUUUGCAUCGUUCUUGUUCGGUUUUUAAUUCCUAAUUAUUAUUAUUAUUAACGUUAUCAUUAUCAUUAUCAUUAUCAUUAUCAUUAUCAUUAUCAUUAUCAUUAUCAUUAUCAUUAUCAUUAUCAUUAUUAUUAUUAUUGUCUCUAUUAUCACAGUCUUUGCUGGUGCUCUUUUUGUGCAUCAGCCGGGCGCAAACCAUGCACCUAGAGCGUCAGUCACUCAAGUCAAUCAUUCUGUUCAUACACUGAGCAUUAUUAUUAUUAUUAUUAUUAUUAUUAUUAUUAUUAUUAUUAUUAUUAUUAUUAUUAUUUUACUUCUUUGCUUCUUUGGCUCGAGAAGAAAAUAACGCCCUCCUCCCGAAAACAGAUUGGCUAGCACGAGGGGGACUAAAAACCAAACAGGUUAGUCGCCAUUGGAAUGCUGGGAAAUAAAACUCCGCCGACACGUGAAGCUGCUCUCUUUCUUCGCGGCCAUCUUGAAAACUGUGGUAGCAAGAUAACUGCUACAAGAAAACUUUCAAAAUGGGUCGUCUUCACGCGCCAGGGUAAGCUAAAACCGAGUGAUAACAAAAGACGAAUAGCUGCAGCAAAACUUCGACUUAUUAAAAACCAUAUUGUGGCAACUGUAGAGGCGUUUGGUUUCCUUGAAUGUUUUGUAAGAAGUGUUAUAAACUCGUGCUUUUGCGAUCUAAUUUUGUGAUUAAUUUUCCUGUUUCUGCUAAAGGAAAGGUAUAUCUGGUUCAGCAUUGCCAUACCGCAGAAGUGUUCCAACGGUAAGGAAUUUAAGUUUUGUGGACUAAUUUAAGCUUUGAAGGGGAAGGUAUUAAACAUACACAUUACAGUCGAGCCUGUCUAAUACGGACACCGAAGGGACAGAGCAAAAUGUCCGUAUUAGAGAGGUGUCCGUAUAAAAGAGGUCACUAUGAUGACGUCUCUUUUAUGACUCCACUUAUAGUUUUAAGUGUUUAGUAGCUAAAACCGGGCUUACACUCGUUUUUAAACUACAUUAAGUUUAUUAAUUCACCGUACAAAGACAGUCUUUCAGUAGCAUACAACAUUGUACAUAUCACCUACAUACCUACAGUUGUAGACAAAUCACUGUUUUAAGACAAAACGAGCAACAGCGCAAUGCUGCAUGUAAAAAGUUGUAACGUAAAGCACAAUUCUGUAAGCGUCUUUCGCUAUUUUGGAAAUGCAGUAAAACUAGAGUACAAAAUGUAAUAGAAUAGAUCUUUACGCCAUAUAGUUAUUCAAGCCUUAAAAAAGUCGGCUAUGUUCCUCUGUACACCGUUUGCAAACUGAUUGUUUGGUAUACAGCGACUUGGCUUUUGAAGUCACCUUGCAUGGCUCAUCAGGCUGACUAGACGGGAUUUACCCUGUGCAGAUUCACCUUAUCGGGAUUCACCUGAUCACCGUAGUGUCCGUAAAAAUGAGGUUAAGUUUAUAUGAAUUUACUCUCUGGGGCAGAUAUUUAGUGUCCGCUCUCCUUAUUAGAGAGAGUCCAUAUUAUAGAGGUUUUUUUUAAAGAAAAUAUAUGAGAAUUUUGUCAGGACAUUGGGAACUGUCCGUAAUAUAGAGGUGUCUGUAUUAGAGAGUUGUCCGUACCAAGAGGUUGGACUAAAUUGGAAUGGGUACCAUUUAAGAAUAACGUGAAUGUUACCUUUGUGUGUUAUUUGUCGGAUUGGUCCGUAUUUUGGCCCUUACGAGAGUCUAUCCUACCUCCAAAACAACAUCUUUCUCCUUACCAUUUCUAAUUGUCCUGUUUUGCCAUGGUGUUUUUAACCUUACCACAUUUUCAAGUUUUGCAUAUUUUAGUUUGGUGCAGUACAAAAGUCACACUUUUCAUGUGCUGAACCUAAUCCCUUCGAUUAAGUAAAUGAAGAGACCAUUGUUUGAAUCAAUUAAGUCCAACAUGUUUAAUUUGGGUCGUCCCAUGAAUUAAGAUCGAGUAGCUCACAUGGGAAUUUCGACUAUGGAGCAACUUCGUUUCAAACUCCAAACUUCUUAUGUGCCAAACCUAAUGGAUACUUUACCAUAUUUAUUCGGCUAUAAGAUGAGGAAUUUUUACACAAAUUAAAGCUAAAGGUAAGUGAAAUUUGAUUCCAAUAGGGGCUUUCAGCUUAUAACCAACAGUUUUGAAAAAAAAUCUUUUUCAGUUUAUUGAAACUCUACUUAACGGGGAUGUAUUCACUUAUGAGCCAAGCGAAUAGCAGCAAAAGAUCGAAUCAAUCACUUAACUACAAACCUGAAUGAUAAGUUAGCGAAGCACAGAUAAUCAGUCCCAAAUUGUCAAAAUAUCUAACAAAAACAGGUUUCGCAAUAAUACUCAUUGGUAAGCCUUUUACAACAAGGGAAGGUCUAAAACAAAUGAAAGAUUUCAAGAAAUGUGUAAACAAUCUGCCAUGUUUGGUCAAACACGUGCUUCGAAACAUUAGCCUGGUUAUUAAGCACAGACAAAGGCAACAUGAACUGCUGUGGUUUGAUUUGAUUGAAACGCGAUUUCUGUGACCAUUUGAAGCAUAAUGUGAUGAAGACAGGAGAAAGAUUGGUAGCACGAAAAAACCAAACAACAAUUGUUUAAAACUUCAAUCAUAUAAGCCGUUUAUGUCGUUUAGUCAACCUGUUAAGCAAACCGUUUGGAAAAUCAAGGCAAUCUGUUUGAACACUUUCCAAAGCCAUUAGAAAUUUUUGCCCAUCCGUUAGAAGCAAUAAUCAAACCAUUAAAAUGCUUUCUAAAGCUGUUGCCUGUUUAACGGAAAUACGUUAAGUAAGUGUACAUUUUCUUGGAGAAGGUCACUUUUUUUUUUUCGAAAAUGUUAGGUUAAAUGUUUUAGGUUAAAAGUCUGAUAACGAAUAGGUUAUAGGUUACAGCAGUAAUAGUAAUAGUCUUGUAACAAAUAGGUCAUAGGUUACAGCAGGGUAUUUUGGAUUUAUUUUUUGUUCUUGGUUAUGUUGAUUCUUCGUAUUCAAAGUUCAGGGUCUCGGCUUAUAGCCGAAUAACUACCGUACUAGAAUUUAUUUUCUCUUGUAAGCAUUUUAGACCAUUGAGCAUCAUGAAAAUGAAUUGAUUGCAACUAAUAAAGUUCGACGUCUGAAUCAACCAACGAACUUGUAUCAUUUGGGUCUCCCUAAAAAGUUAUUACGUUCAGUACAUGAAAAGAUCGAUGUUUUAAUUGGACCUUAAUGUAUUUGGCGUGGGAUAUUGUACACUUUGGUUAGUAUAGAUAGCAUCCCCUACAGAGCAUGAAUAAUGCUAGUGGUAUAUGAUCUAUGACAUCAUUGUAUCAAAAAACCUUCAUUUUUGUCCGUCCACACAUAAAGUAGAAGCUGGCAUUUUCAAAAAUUUCCACUUUGGGGACUGUUUUUGUAAAUGUCCUUUACAAGGGGAUUGAAGGCUAAAGUAGAGAGAAAUGAUUUGUCUUAAAAAAUAUGCACAAAUGUGUGGAUGAGGCCUUAGAAUCUCACAUUGUCUUAUUGUUACUUUGUGCUUUUUGUGUACUAGUGGUUGAAGUUGACAUCAGAUGAUGUUAAGGAACAAAUUUACAAGCUAGCCAAAAAAGGCUUGACACCUUCUCAAAUAGGUUAGUAUAGAGCUGGGUUUGAAGGAAGGACCUGGAAAUUUGCCAAAUGCAAGUGUAAAUCUAUCUGGGAAAACUAUAAUCUUUUAUCAUAAGAGCACAUUAUGUGAGUGACUUGCCUGAUGGCCAGGAUUUUGGAAAUGGUGAAUAAAGCAGACUUCUAGGGCCCAAUACAACAGCUGGUAAAUGGACAAUGUCCAGCCAAAAUGUCGAUUUGACUGGCUAAAAAAUUUACUCAUCUGUCAUGUUGACCACUCAAAGCUUACAGUAGUCAGCAACUUAAAUCUUAACAAAGCAAUUUUUGACCCCGCUAGAUGUGGUAGAUGCUAUGUAGGAAACUUUACUCUGAGUCUUGGUUGGGCAGAUGUUACUUUGGCAGUCAACACAGUCAUCUUGUUAAGUACCAUCCUUGAGCCUCCAUUAAUAUUUAGCAAAACAAGAUGACUAUCCUUUCAUUACGCCACUUUUUAAAGGUUGUAGCUAUGACUAGAACAAGUAAAUGAUAGUUUGGAGAUUACGGGCUGUUAUUGGUGCGGCACAUCAGAGGAAAACCCCCAGAGGAACAUGAAAUCCUCCUUCCCUGCUCAGUAUUUUUUAAAAAUAUUUUUGCUCAAAUAGGUGUGAUUUUGCGUGACUCACAUGGUGUUGCGCAAGUGCGCUACAUUACAGGAAACAAGAUCCUCAGAAUCCUUAAAGCAAAAGGUAAUUUUUAUAGAGUAUCCUGGAUACUUUUUUUCUUUCUCCUCGUUCUGGUGAUGAAAUUAUGAAAAACUGAUUAUGCAACACUUUUUUUUUUUAUCAGGGCUUGCGGGAACCCUUCCUGAAGAUCUCUACUUCCUGAUCAAAAAAGCAGUUGCUGUUCGUAAACAUCUUGAAAAGCAUAGGAAGGUGUGUGUUAUAAAUAAUUUUGAUAUUAACCCAUUCACCCCUUGACUGCCUGUGCAGUUCCACUGCCAUACCGAUGGAAAGCUUGUUCCACUAGGCCACAGAGAUUGAAGUGCACAACCUGCAAACAGCGUUUUGGUUUAAUAGACGGACAGUGACCAGGAAAUAGUUCGACUAGCUUCAAAACAUGUUUCUUGGCAAAGUUCUUAGGGGCAAGUGAGUUAAUGGACUUAGAUGAGAAUCUUUUUAACUUAUGAUGUUGUUUCUUAUAAAGCAUGUUAAAAAAUUAUUGAAACUAUAUGUAUUUGCUGUUUAGGACAAGGAUUCCAAGUUCAGGCUUAUUCUCAUUGAAAGCAGGAUUCAUCGUUUGGCGCGUUACUACAAGACCAAGAGAGUUUUGCCUCCAAACUGGAAAUAGUAAGAACUACUCCUUGUUAUGGUGUAACAUAAGUUUCAGAAGAAUGCAAUCCUGGAGUGUCAAAAACACCUGUGAUUUUACUGAAAUUCUCCAAAAUCCCAAAGAAAUAGAAAAUGAACAGUCUGUUACAAAUUGGCAAAGUCAAUAAAACUGUAACUUCUGACACAUUGAAAUGUGAUUGUGAUACAGUUGGUGAUCAGGACACCUAAGCAAACCACAAAUUAAUAACUGUUACCAUUACCGUGCAGUUAUCUCAUGUGAUUGGCCUCUCUUAAAAUAACUUUCCAGUACUCCUAUUCUUAGGUUCAUGGUAAAGUUCCUUAAAUUGGGUGCUGGAAUAUACAUGUAUCUAUCCAAGUAUACUGUCUGGUUACUGAUGGAGAAAAAUCUUGCAAUGUCAGGCUUGAAAAAAAAACUUCACUCCAGUUUUUUUCUUUAGACAAGCAGCUCUCUAAACAUGUUUGGUUUAAAAGCAAUUCUAUUGAAAGCCAAAAUUUCCUGAGCUCUUGCCUGUCUGGUGAGCAAGGGUGAAAGCUUCUGGUCCAGCUAGAAAAUCUGCUUGUCCAAGAUGACAGAACAGGAUUAUUUUUAGCCCCGCAAAGUACAGGUUGUAGAUGUGUUGUUGUUAAGUGUGGGAAAAAUCUGUCCAAGUGCUUAAGGCUAGAAAAGUGCCAGAGAGAGUGUGUUUUCAGUUUGGCAUCACAAUAAUUCUUCCUUGUUGGGUUUGUUACAUUGGGUGAAAAUUAAUAGGUCAGAUUGUGGGCAAGUUUUCUUGUCUGUUCGUUCUUUGGAAAUAAUUUACCCAAAUUCACCUCAUAUAGAGCAACCACUGAUAAGUACUAUAUUUUUCUCUUGUUUCAGUGAGUCAUCAACUGCCUCAGCUUUGGUUGCUUAA